AUGAAUGCCACAUCUGUUGUUGUUGUUGAAAAUAAAGACACACCAGUUACAAAAGAAUCACUUUUACCUAUUAAUGACAAUGAUAAUCAUACUACAGCUAAAGACAAUGCUACUCAAGGGGACUUGACAACAAACGAAAAGAAAAAGAAGAAAAAGAAGAAAAAGAAAAAUAAUAUUAAAGAUAUAGAACUAUUUUAUCCAGACGAAAUAUAUCCACAAGGUGAAUGGAUGGAGUACAAAAAUACAAAUUUAAAAAGAACUACAGCUGAAGAAACACGUUCAUUAGAAAGAGAUGCACAAAGAGAACAAGAAUGGAACGAUAUGCGUAAAGGUGCAGAAAUACAUCGUCGUGUGCGUAAGAAUUUAAUGAAUAAGAUUAAGCCUGGAUUGACAUUAACUGAAAUUGUAAACAUUGUUGAGGAUGCUACUAGGAAAUUUACCAAUUCUACAGAUCCACAAAAAACCGAUUAUAAACUACAAGGUAUUGGAUUCCCCACUGGAGUUUCAUUAAACAGUUGUGCUGCACAUUUCACGCCCAAUGCUGGAGAUAAAACAGUUUUAAAUUAUGAAGAUGUUUUGAAGGUUGACUUUGGUGUUCAUGUGAAUGGGAAUAUCAUUGACUGUGCCUGGACAGUUGCAUUUGAUGAAAAGUAUGACAAUUUGUUACAAGCUGUUAAAGAGGCAACUAAUACAGGGAUUGAGACUGCUGGUAUUGAUGUUAGAUUGACUGAUAUUGGCGAAGCCAUCCAAGAGGUUAUGGAGUCUUAUGAAGUGGAACUUGAUGGUGAAACUUAUCCUAUAAAAUGUUGCAGGAAUUUGUGUGGACAUAAUAUCAGCCCUUACAAGAUCCAUGGAGGGAAAUCUGUUCCUAUUGUUAAAAAUGGAGAUGAAACUAAAAUGGAAGAGGGGGAACAUUUUGCUAUUGAAACAUUUGGUACAACCGGUAGAGGAUAUGUUGUACCAAAGGGAGAAUGCUCGCACUAUGCGCUUAGUGAUGAGGCCAAUGGCAGUACACCGAAUUUGUUGAGUGCACAAAACUUAUUAAGAGUGAUUAAGGAUAAUUUUGGUACAUUACCGUUUUGUCGUAGAUAUUUGGAUAGAUUAGAUCAGGACAAAUAUUUGUAUGCAUUGAAUAAUUUAGUUAGAAAUGGGUAUGUUCAAGAUUAUCUACCAUUAUGUGAUGUUGCUGGUAGUUACACAGCUCAAUUUGAGCAUACUAUCUUAUUGCAUAGUAAUAAGAAAGAGGUUGUAUCGAGAGGAGAAGAUUAUUAA